AUGUCCGAAGUUCCUCCCAGCAGCGCCCGGAAUUUCCACUUUCGCCCUUUUCGCGAAUCCCAACAGUCGGCCAUUGGCCUGCGCCGGCUUCGAUCGAAUACCUCCAGGUUGCCCCCAGUCGCGGAGAACCAGGAUGGACAGAAGCCGGAUGACCAGCAGCAGCCCGACGACAGUGAUGACUGGGAGUCUCAGAUCAGCCGUCACGACUCGGCGCCUCAGCGACCGACCCUCGAGCCAGGGCAGCAGCCCGCGACCGCCAUGCCUUCCAUUCCCGAGAGAGCUCGGGACGGAGAUGUUGACCCCGGUCUAGCACUCAACCCCCAGCGAUCCAGGUGGCGUCCCACGCAGUCAUCGCGUGCGGAUGAGUACGACCCGAGGAUCGUGGAUAUCCUCGAUGUUAUUGACCCUGAGGUGUCGGCCAUGUCCUCCAUCACAAACAUCCAGAACUCCCUCUUUGUCCCGUCUUUGGGCAAGUGGGUCAAACGGCGGCCCACCUUCGAUCUCGACUGGAUACGGCACCCGAGAGGAGAGGAACCUUCCGAGUCCGAGUCUUCGGAGCCCACCAUUGAAGAGCUACAAGAAGAGGACACCACUGUACGCCCCGGCGCAAGGGGUCGCCGUCUCAGUCUUCGGUCUACAACCGCGGGUCCGAACUACGCCGUUCUUCCCCACGGCGUGUCCCUUGAAGGAUGGAGCGAAGAAGAGGUGGCCGAGCUGAACGACCACGUACGGCAUAUGCUGCACUCGCGCCGGUCCAAGUUCAAGCGAAACCUGAAGGCCUUCGGCAAGUAUGUCAGACAACCGCUCGGCUUUUUCGUCACGCUCUACGCCACCCUCAUCACCCUCUUUGGGCUGGCGUGGGUUCUGUUCCUCAUCGGAUGGAUAUAUGUCGGCCAAAGACAGCUCUACAUCAUCAACGUGAUUGACUACGUGCUGGUGGCCCUCUUCGCUGUCGUGGGCGAUGGGCUUGCGCCGUUCCGGGCAGUGGACACGUACCACAUGAUUUUCAUUGCACAUUACCACCAUCUCUCCUGGAAACUCCGGAAAAACAAGGCAUUGCCCGAACUCGAGAACAAGAACGACCUCCCUGCCGAGCCCGUCUUGACGGGAAAUCCAGACCCCGAGGAGGCUCUGCAAGAUCCAGACCUCGAGGCGGCGCACAAAGAUUCAGACCAAGCGUUCUCAGUCCUGACGCCCAAGCAGCAGGCCCGUCUGGAGCAUCACCAGAACAAAUUCUCCAGGUCGCACACCUUCUACAAGCCGCACGAGACGGAGACGCACUUUGCCUUCCCGCUGAACCUGCUCAUCGCCAUCGUCGCGCUGCUCGACCUGCACUCGUGCCUCCAGAUCUCCCUCGGCGUCUGCACCUGGGGCAUCGACUACAGGGUGCGGCCCGCCGCGCUAACGGCGACCAUUCUGAGCUUCUCCAUCACCGUCAACAUCCUGGCCGGCAUCCUCAUCAGUGUGGGCGGCCGGCGGACGCGCAAGAAGGACGUCGUGGAGCGCAUGUUCCGCCAGGAGCUGACCGAGGAGGCGCUGCACCGGAUGCGGGCCCAGAGCGACCUCGAGGCCGAGAAGCGGCGCAAGAUCGACGAGGCCAUCGACGAGGCCGACGAAAACAAGGAGGAGAAGGACGAGGCCGGGCACCUGAACCUACCGAGGCCGAGCCUGGAUGCCUGGCGCGGGAGGCACAGCGAGGGCCGGUCCAGGAGCAGCCCGGGCGUCGGCCGGCUGUUGUCGCCGGGGAAGAAGCCAGUCGAUGAAGUGGGCAGAUUCGAUUUCGUCGUGGGGCACGAGGCCGGGCGGGCAACACCCACCACCACCCAAGAGGCUCCCGUCUGA